GCAACUCAGAAAAGUGCCCCCCAAAACAAGUAAACGCCUUCGGGGAAGAGGCAAAGUCCCUGAGCCGUCCGGACUCCAGCCGCCAGCCAGUGUUUGGUGGAUCAGAUCCCGGAGCUCCGCAGCCUGGGAACCCCACACCAGGCCGGCCCCUACGGCCGCUCAGAAAACGCGGCGAGCGGAACCCGCACGCGGAAGCGCCGGCCGCACUGAGCAUGCCCAGUUGCAGAGCCGACCAGAGGAGUUUUUUCUUUUCUUUUCUUUCUUUUUUUUUUUUUAGGGGGGGUCUCAAGUAGGAGGCCUCCCCACCACCCCCACCCCAGCCCCCCACCACCCCCGGCCUAAGCAGCUACCAUGGCCCAGGUGGCCGACGCGGCGUUGUCCCAGGCGGGUUGGUAUCUUUCAGAUGAAGGCAUUGAAGCUUGCACAAGCUCUCCAGACAAAGUCAAUGUAAAUGACAUCAUCCUGAUUGCUCUCAAUACAGAUCUGAGAACAAUUGGCAAGAAAUUCCUCCCCAGUGACAUCAAUAGUGGAAAGGUAGAAAAGCUCGAAGGUCCAUGUGUUUUGCAAAUUCAAAAAAUUCGCAAUGUUGCUGCACCAAAGGAUAAUGAAGAAUCUCAGGCUGCACCAAGGAUGCUGCGAUUACAGAUGACUGAUGGUCAUAUAAGUUGCACAGCAGUAGAAUUUAGUUAUAUGUCAAAAAUAAGCCUGAACACACCACCUGGAACUAAAGUUAAGCUCUCAGGCACUGUUGACAUAAAAAAUGGAUUCCUGCUCUUGAAUGACUCUAACACCACAGUUCUUGGUGGUGAAGUGGAACACCUUAUUGAGAAAUGGGAGUUACAGAGAAGCUUAUCAAAACACAAUAGAAGCAAUAUUGGAACUGAAGGUGGACCACCUCCUUUUGUGCCUUUUGGACAGAAGUGUGUAUCUCAUGUCCAAGUGGAUAGCAGAGAACUUGAUCGAAGAAAAACAUUGCAAGUUACAAUGCCUGUCAAACCUACAAAUGAUAAUGAUGAAUUUGAAAAACAAAGGACGGCUGCUAUUGCUGAAGUUGCAAAGAGCAAGGAAACCAAGACAUUUGGAGGAGGUGGUGGUGGUGCUAGAAGUAAUCUCAAUAUGAAUGCUGCUGGUAACCGAAAUAGGGAAGUUUUACAGAAAGAAAAGUCAACCAAAUCAGAGGGAAGACAUGAAGGUGUCUAUAGAGAACUGGUUGAUGAGAAAGCUCUGAAGCACAUAACGGAAAUGGGCUUCAGUAAGGAAGCAUCGAGGCAAGCUCUUAUGGAUAAUGGCAACAACUUAGAAGCAGCAUUGAACGUACUUCUUACAAGCAAUAAACAGAAAUCUGUUAUGGGUCCUCCUCUGAGAGGUAGAGGAAAAGGCAGGGGGCGAAUAAGAUCUGAAGAUGAAGAAGACCUGGGAAAUGCAAGGCCAUCAGCACCAAGCACAUUAUUUGAUUUCUUGGAAUCUAAAAUGGGAACUUUGAAUGUGGAAGAACCUAAAUUACAGCCACAGCAGCUUCAUCAGGGACAAUACAGAUCAUCAAAUACUGAGCAAAAUGGAGUAAAAGAUAAUAAUCAUCUGCGACAUCCUCCUCGAAAUGAUACCAGGCAGCCAAGAAAUGAAAAACCGCCUCGUUUUCAAAGAGACUCCCAAAAUUCAAAGUCAGUUUUAGAAGGCAGUGGAUUACCUAGAAAUAGAGGUUCUGAAAGACCAAAUACUUCUUCAGUAUCAGAAGUAUGGGCUGAAGACAGAAUCAAAUGUGAUAGACCAUAUUCUAGAUAUGACAGAACUAAAGAUACUUCAUAUCCUUUAGGUUCUCAGCAUAGUGAUGGUGCUUUUAAAAAAAGAGAUAACUCUAUGCAAAGCAGAUCAGGAAAAGGUCCCUCCUUUGCAGAGGCAAAAGAAAAUCCACUUCCUCAAGGAUCUGUAGAUUAUAAUAAUCAAAAACGUGGAAAAAGAGAAAGCCAAACAUCUUUUCCUGAUUAUUUUUAUGACAGGAAAUCACAAACAAUAAAUAAUGAAGCUUUCAGUGGUAUAAAAAUUGAAAAACAUUUUAAUGUAAAUACUGAUUAUCAGAAUCCAGUUCGAAAUAAUAGUUUCAUUGAUGUUCCAAAUGGAGAAGUAGAAAUGCCACUGAAAGGAAGACGAAUAGGACCUAUUAAGCCAGCAGGACCUGUCACAGCUGUACCCUAUGAUGAUAAAAUAUUUUACAAUAGUGGGCCCAAACGAAGAUCUGGGCCAAUUAAGCCAGAAAAAAUACUAGAAUCAUCUAUUCCUAUGGAGUAUGCAAAAAUGUGGAAACCUGGAGAUGAAUGUUUUGCACUUUAUUGGGAAGACAACAAGUUUUACCGGGCGGAAGUUGAAGCCCUCCAUUCUUCAGGUAUGACAGCAGUUGUUAAAUUCAUUGACUACGGAAACUAUGAAGAGGUGCUACUGAGCAAUAUCAAGCCCAUUCAAACAGAGGCAUGGGAGGAAGAAGGCACCUACGAUCAAACUCUGGAGUUCCGUAGGGGAGGUGAUGGCCAGCCAAGACGAUCCACUCGGCCAACCCAACAGUUUUACCAACCACCCCGGGCUCGGAACUAAUAGGAAAAGCGUCAAUGUCAGGAAAAUGAUCACUAUAAAGAUAACUGUUACAGAACUCCAUGAUGCCAGCAGAACAGGCAGCAGGUGAGGAUUAUAGUACCCGACGCUCUUUAUUUUCUAAGCAGGAGACUGUUUACUUCCCAAGACUUACGAGCUGUUUGUAUGCAGCCGCAGGAACUCCACUAGUCCCUGCCUAAGCACGCUGUCAUGCAUGAGGCUAAAAUAGGCCUGGAGCAUACGAGUCUUCUCUCGCCAUUUAUCUCAGCUCUUUCUCUUGUCACCACCCAAAGUGGUUUUAACUAGAGUGGUGCCUAAUAAAUGUGGGGAGCAGGCAGGGGGAGGUGACAGACCAAAAUAAAUCACCUGUGUGGAGCAACUCAAUUCAGAGAUGUUCACAGAAGAACCGGAGGCGGUUAGGAGAGGGAAAGACGUGGUUCAUUGGCAGACUGCAUCUGUUUUCGGUAAUCCUCUGUUACAAACAGUUCAGUUAAUCCAAAUUCCUGAAAUCAACAUGCCAGCAAUAAAUGGUAUAACAGUGGCAGAGAUGUACUUUAACAAAGUCUAAAAGAAAAAUUUAUUUUCAAAAAAAAUUUUCUUUUUUCUUUCAUAUUGCUUUAUAAAGAUUAUGUUUACAAAUUAGCAGUAUCCAAAAUUCUAGUCAAGAUCUAUUUAUAUUUAUACAAACACUUCACAUUUACAGAUAAGUUUCAGCAGAAAUGUAUCUUGACAAAGUAUGGAAAAGUUAAUUUGAGGCUUCAGUUUCAUUUUCUUCAUUUCUU